CACCAUCGCUCGUCACAGGUGACCGCUGUGACCACCCUCCUAAGAGCAGUCCUCUCCCCUACGCACGACCCGUUGAAUCAGAGUCAUUCACCCUACAACACUGGCGCAGCUUCGCACCCCAUAGCCAACGUACACCUGAUCCCCAAUCGCAGCCCGAAUGCGCCCUUGAAUCGUACCGGUUGCUGUCCCUCAAACGCCGCAGACCGCGAGCGCUGCCUCCGCCAUGUCGUUUCUCUUCGGCAAGAAAAGCAAGCAACACCAGGGUAGCGGCCUUCCGCCUGCCACUCGAGAGAUCUCAUCUUCGCAUGGGCCUGGCUCACAAUUACCUCCCGCCAAUGCCCCGGGACCGCGCGAUCUAGAGAAGGUGCGCCCCGGGCCGCCUGGCCAGAUAUCAACCCCUGGGACCAGCGUAAAUAAUUCCCUCAACUCUCUUAAUGCCACGAAUACUGCGAGUCCCGAGCCUCGAGCAAGCCGCGACAGGUCAGAUUCGGACCAGCAGGCUUCGCGAACACGGAAUCCUCAAGAUUCUCCAUACCCUUGGUCGUCCAAGCGACUGAACUUUACCACAUCCGCUAAUCCCUUUCCCCGAUAUGGCGCCGCUAUUAAUUCCACCGCCUCGAAAGAUGGUAUCAUUUACAUCAUGGGGGGUUUGGUGGGGGGAAGCACCGUCAAGGGCGACCUUUGGGUCACCGAACUAGGCAAUGGGAGCAUGGCGUGUUACCCUAUAGCCACUACCGGCGAUGGUCCUGGGCCGCGUGUUGGCCAUGCGAGUCUGCUUGUCGGCAACGCCUUCAUCGUCUUCGGAGGUGACACGAAAUUGGAUGAUGAAGAUGACUUGGAUGACACUCUCUACCUUCUCAACACUUCCACCAAGCACUGGUCACGAGCGCUACCUCAGGGCCCGCGGCCCACUGGGCGAUAUGGACACACGUUAAACAUUCUGGGUUCGAAGAUUUACAUAUUUGGAGGCCAGGUCGAAGGUUUCUUUUUCAACGAUCUAGUGGCAUUUGACUUGAAUUCGCUUCAAUCUUCAUCAAGUCGCUGGGAGGUCUUGCUUCCCAAUACGAAGGACGGUGCGCUAUCGUCUCCCCAAGGCCGGAGCCCCCCUGCACGAACCAACCACUCUGUGGUGACUUGGAACGAGAAACUCUACCUUUUCGGUGGAACGGACGGCGUACGCUGGUUCAACGAUGUUUGGACCUAUGAACCACGGUCGAACUCGUGGACCGAGCUCUCCUGCAUUGGAUACAUCCCAGUCGCGCGAGAGGGCCAUUCGGCUGCACUCGUCAAUGACACCAUGUACAUUUUUGGUGGAAGGACACAGGAAGGUAUUGACCUGGGGGAUUUGGCGGCUUUCCGCAUCUCGUCGCGUCGAUGGUAUAUGUUCCAAAAUAUGGGACAAUCCCCGUCUGCACGGUCCGGACAUAGCAUGACGGCUUACGGGAAACAUGUGGUUGUCAUGGCCGGUGAACCGAGUUCGUCCACCAGCGACAGAAACGAGCUGAGUUUGGCCUACGUCCUGGAUACUUCCAAGAUUCGCUAUCCGCCUAAUGACGCCCCUCCGCCUCAGACGGUAACGCAACGGAUUGCGAGCGGUGGGGAGAGGAACGAUGCUACACAAGGCAAACCCGGUGCGGCGCCGCAGUCUCGCAACCAAGACGCCAUGGUGAACGGCGUGGGACCGGGCGGGUCUCGCCUCCCACGAGCUGCAGGGGCUGCUCCAUCCGGUCCUCCACCACUUCAGCAACCCCCUCAACCCCGUUCAAAUGGUUCUACGCCUGUUCCCUCCACUGCUAGGAGCCGAACGCCUACCAGGGGGGAUCGCGGGUAUGGACCAUCAGUUGACACCAGGGCAGGCUCCUUUGAGCGCGAAACCAUCUCCCCCGUGAACAGAGACAGCCCAUCUUCUGGUCAGGCGCAAACGCCAUUCGUUAAUGAAAAGGCCGUCAAUGGACAACGCAAGCCAUCGGAUGCUACUGCCAGUCUCCAUCAACGGGAACCCAAGGAGUCCAUGGACAGCACGAGGUCGGGGAGCGUCGUUUCUCGGAACACAUCGAGAUCUCACAAGCAGCAGCACUCUCUGGAAAGUGUGGAGGAGGGCACCCCUCGAAGGUCCACGGAAACGCAGCAGCGAGCAUUGAGCCGAGAGAGGGAUCAACGACCCAUUGACAGUGGCCUGGGAGCCUCUCCUGCCCUUCAACAGCAGAACGAAGAGCUGGUAAGGGAGCUCGAAGCUGCCAAGAGCCGCAAUGCCUGGUAUGCCUCAGAAUUGGCACUUGCUCGCAAGGCUGGCUACAAUCCUGGUACUUCCAUGAGUCCAAUACUGGAUCAGAAUGCUGCAGACGCCUUUGGUGACGAUGACCGACCGCUUCUCGAAGCCCUGCUGAAAAUGAAAAACGAACUGGAGCGCGUCCAGAAGUCCAUCAAGGCUCAGGGUGACGAUGCUGCCAAACGUAUAGCCGAGGUGGAAAAGCAAAGAGAUGCUGCAAUCGGCGAAGCUAUCUAUGCGAAAGCAAAACUGGCCGCCCAUGGUGGUGGUAGUCAGAGUGGAACGCCUCAACCCGAUCCCGCGCGUAGCACGGGGACACCGGACUUGGACCGCAUCAACGAUAUCAACCAUCGCUUGGCAGUGUCUCUGGCCUCUCAAACCGAGCUUUCCACACAGGUCGAGAGGUUGAAGCAUGAGCUCGAAGGCGAGCGUAAGGCAAGACAACUCGCGGAGGAGACAGCGGACGCAGCACAUAGGCGCGUGCGAGACUUGGAUUCCUCCCGGCAAGAGCAUGCGGCGGAGCUGGACAGCUUGCGCGCCGAGUUGCAUGAGGCGCAGCGCAUAGCAAGAGAGGCGUCAGCGAAUGCUUCCGAAGCAGAAGCGUCUUACCGCUUGCUUGCUGUAGACAAGAAUGAACUGGCCUCCAAAGUCGCCAAGAUGACCGAGGAGUCCCGAAGCCAUGCUGCAGUUCUCCAAUCGCUCCGCGAUGCGCUUGCCUCGUCGUCUGAGAAGUCCGCACUACUGGAAAAGAAGUUGGAAGAAGAACGAUCCCAACGUGACACGUUGCAUCAGAAACUUGCACAAUUACGGUCGGAACAUGAGGAGCGCACGACUGAGCUUGAAAGAGCUUCUCAGAAGCUGCGUGAUGCUGAGGAGCUUGCCGAGAAGUACGCCGAAGAAGCCGAUGGACGAACGGGUCACUAUCCUUCAACAACAGGUGGAGGCUGCCAAUGCUAUGGUUCGUAAGAACCAAGCGGCUGCAGACCAAGCAUCGGAUAAACUCCGCCGGGCGGAAGAGCGAAUCGCGGGCCUUGAAGCGUAUCAGGAACAGUCUAGCCGCGAAGGGCUAAGCGUUCGAAAACAACUGCAACAAGCGCUGCGGGAUGUCCAAAGUGCGGAGGCAGAGAAAGCGGAACUUCGCCAGCAACAUGAACGCCUGCGACUAGAGAGCAACGCGUUCGAGGUCCAGCUCCGGACGCUCAAGAAUCUCCUAGAGGAACGAGGUAUCAAUGCGGUAGAUGCCCGACGUUCGCGGGUGCUCGAGAGUCCGGGCUCGCGAUUCGGCACUCCCGAGUUGAACCGCGUAAGGGAGUUGGAGCAACAGAUUGACUCGAUGAAUAAGGCGCACGAGGAGCUACGCUCCGUCUUUGAGCAGCGUGAACAUGA